AAACCCGAGCCCUGCGCCCACCACCCGGGCGGGCGACGUGGCUCCGCGGCCCCGGCUUCCCCCCGCAGCCCGGCGGCCAAUGGGCGCGUGAGCAGGGCCGACUGGCGCUCCCCUGCCCGCUGCCUGGGGCGCGCCCCUCCGCUCUGGCACUGGGCGGGCGCUGGCCGAGGGGCCGGCCCGUCCCCUCCCUCCUCGCGCUGGCCCCAGCCCAGCCGCCGCCGCCGCCGCGCUCGCUCGAGCACGCAUUCCCGAGCCGCCGCUCUCAUCGCUCGCUCGGUCCCUCCCCGCGGGCCGCUCUCCGCUCCCGACGAUGGCGCGCGGCGGCCGCGGUUGCCACCUGGGGCUGGCCCUGGGGCUGCUGCUGGCUCUGGUGCUGGCCCCCACGGCGCUGCGGGCCAAGCCCACGGUGCGCAAGGAGCGCGUGGUGCGGCCCGACUCGGAGCUGGGCGAGCGGCCGCCCGAGGACAACCAGAGCUUCCAGUACGACCACGAGGCCUUCCUGGGCAAGGAGGACUCCAAGACCUUCGACCAGCUCACCUCGGAGGAGAGCAAGGAGAGGCUGGGGAAGAUUGUCGAUCGAAUUGACAGUGAUGGGGAUGGCUUUGUCACCACCGAGGAGCUGAAAACCUGGAUCAAACGGGUGCAGAAAAGGUACAUCUACGAUAAUGUCGCCAAAGUCUGGAAGGAUUAUGAUCGGGACAAAGACGAUAAAAUUUCCUGGGAAGAAUACAAACAAGCCACCUACGGUUACUACCUAGGAAACCCCACAGAGUUUCAUGAUACUUCAGAUCAUCACACCUUUAAAAAAAUGCUGCCACGUGACGAGAGAAGGUUCAAGGCUGCAGACCUCGAUGGUGACCAGACAGCCACCCGGGAGGAGUUCACCGCCUUUCUGCACCCUGAGGAGUUUGAGCAUAUGAAGGAAAUUGUGGUUUUGGAGACUCUGGAGGACAUCGACAAGAAUGGGGAUGGCUUUGUAGAUCAGGAUGAGUAUAUUGCUGAUAUGUUUUCCCACGAGGAGAAUGGCCCUGAGCCAGACUGGGUGCUGUCAGAACGGGAGCAGUUCAAUGAAUUCCGAGAUCUGAACAAGGACGGGAAGCUGGACAAAGAUGAGAUCCGCCACUGGAUCCUCCCACAAGACUAUGACCACGCACAGGCUGAGGCCAGGCACCUGGUGUAUGAGUCGGACAAAAAUAAGGACAAGCUUGUUCAUCCAUUCAUUCAGUCAGCAGACACUCUUCAGACAUCUGCAGCAUGUGAGGCAGAAGGAAGCCCCAUCACAUUAAAGUCUCGGCAUCCUCAGGCCAGCUCACCGUGCUGGCUCCGAGCCAAUAUCUCUUGGAUGAAAAGCUCACUAAAGAGGAGAUCUUGGACAACUGGAACAUGUUUGUUGGAAGUCAGGCUACUAAUUAUGGGGAAGAUCUCACCAAAAACCAUGAUGAGCUUUGAUGCACAUUCACCAUAAUAUGACAGACUGUCAUAGGCUUUCUUUUAUUGUCCUGGAUAAUUGCUACAAUUAUCUCAUUUACAGCAGUUGUGUCCCCCCCAAAAGCAAGUUUAUCACCUCAGAUUGGGGUUAAAAUUAUUUUUUACUCAAUAUUUGCUGGAAAAUAGUCAUCACUGAUCUUUGAGUAAGGUUUCUGUCCAAACACAUUAAAAUCUUGGUAAAUUACAAUGCUCUGUGGGGAUACAUUGCUAAAACAUGACUUUUUAGCUUUUUCCAUGAAAUUUGAACUGAAGGGGAAUAAAAUUUGAAAAAGCCCUAUUAUUCAGAAGUUGGGUGAGCGGGGAGAGGGCACUAUAGGGAGUGACUGCUAUGUAUUUUAACUGCAGAGUUUUUACAUUUGCCACUGUUAAAUAAUUGGUGAGGGAAAAUUCUGAUUAAGCUUCAGUGGUAUCUCAUCCUACACAGGCUUCUUUCAGAGCAAGGCUGAUAUUUCAAAUUCUUCUUCUUGACUUUGUACUCUGAGCUGUUACUGUAAGUGGCAUAUAAAUCUCUGUGCAUUCUUCUAUAUGGACCUGCUAAUGUGCACAACAGAUCCACCCAUCUUUGUUUUUUGUUUUGUCUUUGUUUUUUACAAUAAGAAGCAGUUAAGAAAGGUUAUGUGAAAAAGAAAGGAAUUUUAAAGGUAGGGAGAAAAGAUGAAUGUCAGGCAUUUGAAGAACUACAGGAAAAUGGUAAACACUUUAUCAUACUUGAGAAAUUUUUCUUGACAUGUAAAUGAAGCAGAUCUGAUCUUUGAAAAAGUGAAUAGAAAUCCAAUCCAUUUCCUUGCUGAUCUCUGAUAGGAAUAGGGAGUAGGGUCCUAGGAAAGCCUGCUUAGUGGAGCUCUGGAACCCAUCUCAUCCAGUCCUGGUGAAUCCACAACCCUUGGACCUGCCCUGGGACCACUUACACCAUGUAAUUGACAAAGCAGGUUCCAAGCCACUGGCUGAACUGGAAGAAAUAACUUUUACAGGUUGGACUUCCACCUUAUAAGGAGAAAGUGAAUGAAAUAAAGGAUCCCUCUGAGGAUUUUCUACUGUG